AUGCCUCCUCAAAUCAAGCAAGAUUUGAACCGCUCGGGCUGGGAGACGACCGACUUCCCCUCGGUCUGCGAAAGCUGCCUCCCCGACAAUCCCUACGUGCAGAUGAUCAAGCAAGACUACGGAGAAGAAUGCAAGAUCUGUACGCGCCCAUUCACAGUCUUCAAAUGGAAAGCCGACCGGACAGCGCGCAAUAAGCGUACCAACAUUUGCCUGACGUGCGCCCGCCUGAAGAACUGCUGCCAAUGCUGCAUGCUGGAUCUCUCCUUCGGUCUGCCUAUUGUCGUCCGUGACGCGGCGCUGAAGAUGGUCGCACCAGGUCCGCAGAGCGCAGUAAACAGGGAAUACUACGCACAGGAACACGAGAAGGAAAUCGAGGAGGGCAGAGGUGGAGUUGAGGCAUAUGAGAAGACAGAUGAGAAGGCUAGGGAACUGCUGAGGAGACUAGCGAACUCGGAGCCAUACUUCAAGAAGCAAAGAAGGAUUGCUCCUACGGAUGGAGAGAAUUCAGGAGGAGGUGCGGCUUCUACAACCUUGACUACGAAUGGGCCAGGUCCGAUCCGAACGAAGGAUAACAGAGGAGGGGCGAGUUCUCGGGGAGCAGGACGAGGUGGAAGGGGUGGAAGUAGAGGCGGACGAGCAUUUCCCAGCGCGGCGCAACUCCCUCCUACACAGCAGGAUAUCUUACCCCCGGCCGAUCAAUCCAUAACUUCGCUGUUCGUUACUGGUGUCGAGGAUGAUUUGCCAGAGCAUAAGAUCCGCGACUUCUUUUCUCCGUAUGGGAAAAUUCGGUCGCUGGUGUGCUCGCAUAUGUCCCAUUGCGCAUUCGUUAAUUAUCAGACGAGAGACGGGGCCGAAGCUGCAGCGCAUGCACUGCAGGGAAAAGCUGUCAUUGCGGGAUGUCCUCUACGGGUUCAAUGGGGUAGACCGAGACCUAUUGGUACGAUGGAUAGGGAGGAACGGAUCGCGACUGGAAGGGAAGGUCGCUUAGCAUUUGCAAGCUCCGGUUCGGGUAGUGCCAGAGGUGGCUCGGCGCAGAGAGCAAUCGCAGCUCCACCAGUCGAUGACCUCGCGAGUAUGUCUGCUGUGGCGGCUCCACCUGGGUCUGGGGAUGUACAGUAUGCGAGUUUGGCGGGGAACAAUUAG